UUCAGUUUCUCUUUACUGGAGUCCCUAACGUGAUCAAAAAAAGCAUGUCUAAUAACUUCGAAAUCAACUUCCCAGUUGUAAUUUUCUUCGCGUCAAUUUUCCUCCUUGCCGAAUCUAUUUACACGAUGCAACUAACAAUUUAUCCAAAAACGGCUCAAAGUAAAAAUGCGACUUCCUUCGAGUAUGCCGUCGUCCUUGGAAUAUUUGACGCUGCAAUAGCUCUCUGUUCACCUUUCGUGGCAACCAUGAUGGACUUUACCAAAAGUAGUCCACAAUCUGUCCUAAUUUCUUCCCUGCUGAUGGAAGGAGCUUCCUUAUUUGUGCUUGGAUAUGUGGAUAAACUAAACAAUUUACAAAUAUUUCUGGGGGCAUCCAUAAUUUUACGGAUUAUUGAAGGAGCCGCGGCCAGUGCGGUGUUCACCACAGUUUUUAUCCUCGUCUCUGAAUACUUUCCGGGAAGCUUUGGGAUUUUCUUUUUGGGCGUGCUGGAGUCUUUAGUGCCGGCCGGAUUUGUUCUAGGACCUUUAAUUGGAACCAACCUCUACAGCUUGGGAGGAUUUUCCACUCCUUUUGUCGUUGUUGGUAGCCUGUUUAUUUUAUUUGCGGCAGUGGCAACAUUUCUCCUGCAAAUCAAGGAUAACGCAGCAGAUCCCGAAAAUACGAACAAGUGCGGGGAUAAGGAGGAAAGAAAUAUUUCCCUGUGGAAACAUCCAGCCGUCUUGACAAACUUUAUCGCAAUUUUCCUUACAUCCUCUGUCAUUACGUUCUAUUUUGCUUCAAUUGAACCAUUCCUAAGAAUUGAGUUCACCACAAGCCCGUCAGUAAUUGGAUUUGUUUUUGCCGGGUCUGGUCUUCUCUACAGCGCAUUCUCCGUGGUUGCCAGCCUUCUAACGGUUGCCGUUGGCAGCAGUGGCUACCCAUUUCAGGUGGCUGUUCUUCUCGGACUCACAGCUCAGGCGGUCGGAAAUUGCGCAAUUGUUGGGAUAGGAAUUGACAGUGAUUUUGUCACCGUGGUAACCGGAAUUUGUUUCCUUAGCUUCGGAUGUGGAUUAACAAUUUUUCUCUUCUUCCUCCAAGCUCAAGAUAUGCUAAAAAAAUUGUGUUUAAAUACUGAAAAAGCUUCCAGCAUCUCGGCUGGGGCGUACAUGAGCUCGCUAACACUGGGCAGUAUGACUGGACCAAUGUUGGGGGGAUUUUUGACCGAUUUAUACGGAUUUCGAAAAACAGCUAUUUUCACUCUCAUAAUAAUAUUUGCACUAACAUUUUGGAAAGGCGUAGAGAUUCUUUGGUACUUGAAAAAAACCAAAAUAAAUUAUUAAAUUUCAAACCUAAAAAUUAAAAAGGUUGCUAUCAUUGUACAGCACCGCAAUAUUUGAUAUUUUUCCACCUAACAAAUUUUCUUCGUUUGA